AUGUACUUGAACGAAACAGGACUUUUUGGUGAAGAAAAUACCUAUAUUAGCCAUCCUUUGCAAGAAGCCAACAGACCUUCUAUGAGAAAUGAACAAGACUUAACGUUAGAAGAUAGUUAUUGGCAGGAUGACAAUGAUAUAUAUGGAAAUUAUGAUGAAAAUCCUUCGUCAAGUGAAGAUCUGAAUGAGAACUUAAGCGAAAUUUCCAAUAAAACUUCAAGUAACAAUUCAGAUGAAAAUUUAAAUGAAGUUUCAAAUACAAACUUAAGUGACAAUUCAGGCGAAAAUUUAAGCGAAACUUCAAAUGCAAAGUCAGAUGAAAAUAUUUCUAGUAUUGAAAGCGAUGAUGAUAAAAAUUAUGAUACAAUUGAAACCAUCGGCAAUUGCUCUGAAGUUCAAAGUACUGUUUUAGUAGAUGUCAGGUCAAUACAGAUAAUACAAGAAACAACUAAUUUAACUCCAACAACAUUUCCAAACCCUGCAUAUGAGGCAUUCGUACAGUUAGUUACAAAGCAUAAACUUUCUGAUUCUGUAGCAAAUGAUAUUAUUCACUUAUUUAAUAACUAUAGUAUGGAUCCAACUGCGACUUUACCAUCAAAUGCAAAAGCUGCACGAGUAUUUCUUGAUUCAAUAGAAAUUCCUCAUAUUCUUUACAAAAAAACGAUCAUAAUGGAAUACAACCAAAUUCAAUACACACUUCAUCAUCGCACAAUUUUUGACGCUAUUAAAGAAUUAUUGAGCAAUAAAGAAAUAUUUAAAUAUUGCGUUUUUGAUUAUAGUCCAGAUUACAUAACGAAUGACAAAGGUGAACAAGAACAUUGUUACUCUGAACUAUAUAACAGUGACUGGUGGGGUCGUGCCCAACAAUCAAUCAAUGAAAGUGCAAAGGUACUUUCGAUAAUAAUUUAUUCAGACGCAACUACUUGUGACACGCUUGGAAAAAAAACAGAACAUCCUGUGUUCUUAACAUUGGGUAACAUCCCAAGCUGGCGACGUAAUAAGCCAGAUGCCAAGGCUUUGUUGGCAUAUUUGCCUAAAAUUAAUGACCAUCAAAAGAAGCAUGCGAUGGCAAAACAUCAACUUUUUCAACGCUCGAUGAACAUUCUUGUUAUUGAACCUAUUAUGUCAGUUAUGUCAGAUGGUCUUGAUUUACGAACUGACGAUGGUAUAUUGUGGUGUUACCCAUUUCUGUCCGUAUUACUUGGUGAUUUACCUGAGCAUUACGCUAUAACGUUGACAUAUAACUCAUUUAACUGCAAGAUGCCAUGUCACAUGUGCAUGAUACCAAAAAAGUAA